GCAACAACGAACUACUUCAUUCUCCUCAGAGCCUAGCGUUCGAGAGCACAACUACCCGGUAAAAUCGAAAUUCAUAGUCGUCGCCAUGCAGCGGUUCUGUGCGGCAUUGGCGUUGCUGGCGCUAGUCGCCCUUUCCUUCCAGCCAACAGUUGCUGACGAUCUCAGCCUGGACGAUCUGAUCAACUCGGUAUUCACGACAGCCUCGCCGGGUAAGGAUGUUCCACCACCAACGUCGGCACCACCACCACCACCGACGCCAGCGGUCGGCGUGAAGGGAGGACCGUGUGGAAAUGAAGCCGUAUGCAUCCAGAAGUACCUUUGCUCCAACAGCAGCACAUCCGGCGAGGGACUGAUCGAUAUUCGCUUCUCGGAUGAUAAUCCAUGCGUCGACUAUCUGCUGCAGUGUUGCUACGACGAGGACAUUAUACAACCUCCGCCGCCAGUACCACCAACCCCCAACCCAGUGCCAAAUCCUAAUCCGAACCCCGGUACAAACACUGGUAUAAAUCCUGGCGCAAUGCACGAUUCACGCUGCGGUCGGCGCAAUGUAGAUGGUAUCGGAUUCCGCAUCACCGGCUCGAAGAACAGUGAAGCUGAGUAUGGUGAGUUCCCGUGGAUGGUGGCGAUCCUGAAGACGGAGGAAGUGCUCGGACAGUUGCGUGAAAACGUGUAUACGUGCGGUGGUUCGCUGAUUCACAGACAGGUCGUGCUGACGGGUGCACACUGUGUCCAGAACAAGGCACCGUCCCAACUGAAGGUACGCGUUGGCGAGUGGGAUACACAGACGAAGAACGAAAUCUACCCGCACCAGGACCGGUCGGUGGUGGAAAUUGUUGUCCAUCCGGACUACUACAAGGGUGGACUGCAUAACGAUGUGGCACUCCUGUUCUUGGACUCUCCCGUUGAACCGAAUGAGAGCAUCCAGACGGUGUGUCUGCCGCCCCAGGAUAUGGUGUUCAACCACGAGACUUGCUUCGCCAGUGGAUGGGGUAAGGACGUCUUUGGUAAGGCGGGCACCUACCAGGUAAUCCUGAAGAAGAUCGAUCUGCCGGUCGUGCCGAACGAUCAGUGUCAGACGGCACUCCGCACCACCAGACUCGGUGCCAAGUUUAAUUUGCACAAGAGCUUCAUCUGUGCCGGAGGUGUGCCCGGUAAGGAUACGUGCAAGGGUGACGGUGGCUCUCCGCUCGUUUGCCCCAUCCCCAACUCCCCGCACCAUUACUAUCAGACUGGGCUGGUCGCGUGGGGCAUCGGUUGCGGUGAGAACGGCAUCCCGGGCGUUUACGCCAACGUGGCCAAAUUCCGUGGCUGGAUCGAUCAACACAUGGUGCAGCGUAACUUCGGCACGGACAGCUACACGCCUUAGUGCUCGUCACAGCGAGAGACUUACUUUCCACC